AUGAUUUUGAUAGCGUUUUUCGCCUAUAGGGCCAACGUAUUAUUUAAAAUUGAAGACGUCAAGGCGAGAAAGGUACUUGAUCCAACAAUUGCCUCGUAUACAUUGAAUUAUGUAAUUUAGAAAUCUAAUAAUGAAACAAAUGUCAAAAUUAAGACUAAGAGAUUUUGGGCACUCUAUGUGAACUCUUACUUUGACUUCAAAAGCUUUGGUAACGAAAUAAAUCAUUAUUUGGAUGACUCGCUUUACUAUGAUCUUGAGAGAGAUAGAAAUAAACAAACAAAUGUUUUUGUCUAAAAAAACAUGAUGAAGUUGCAAGAUGAUUGGGUUUAAUAUGGUUAAUCUCAGCAAAAGUAAUUUUUCCAAAUUCAAAAAGCAGUGAUUACUGAAGAUGACAAUGCUUUUGAUAACUCUCUCUACAUCAGAGUAUUUUUUAGAAUGGAUAAAAAUUAUGAUGUCUAUGAGAGAUAAAUAUACUCAAUAGGGCAACUGUUCGGAGAAGUUGGAGGUCUCAAGACAACUUUAUUCCUCGUAUUCUCCUAUAUAAUGUCAAUGUAUUCCUCUCAGUUAGCAUAAGUAUUAAUUUCAAGUAAGAUAUUUCAAGUAACCGAUAAAAAGAACAAGAAAAAAUCUAGCAAAAAUGACUCUCUGACUAAGGAAUCUUCAGAUCAGCUUGGCAAGGAACUGUUUUCAAAUGAUGCUGAAGAGAUUUCUAAUAAUAUAUUGACACGGAAAAGAUUUCAAUUCCAGUCCAGAAAAUACUGCAUUAAAUUUUUCAGAUAUUUCAAAUCUAUAGAUAAAAAUGGGACGAGCAAAUUAUAGAGAAAUUAUUAGUAGUUUGAGGUAGCUUAAACAAUUUUACGAUAAGAGCUUGAUGUUGUCAAUCUAAUUAGAAGGUUAAGAGCUGUUUAAUUUAUAAUGCAAUCUUACCUCUCUCCUAUCGAGAGACUUUCAAUAAUUUACAAUAGCCAAAACGUUCUAAAUCCUAAAGAUAGUAACUUAAGUCAAAGUGAUUUCAAUGACUUCAAUGAAUAAAACUUGAUAAAGAUACUUGAAAAAAAAGAAAAUUUUAAGCUAAAUAAGAGGAUCUUGAAAAGGAAAAUAACUGAUUACUUAUAUGAUUAAGAUAGUAAUGACAAAGAGAAAUCUAAUGGUGCCAAGGGUUUACUGUCUUCAAUUAUAAAGACCCCCAAAGAUUAUAUUUUAAGAGAUAUUAUAAAUGGAAAACAUAUUAAUAAAAAAAGUUCUAGCUCUGGAUCCAAGUCAACUAAUACUCGAGUUUAGUCCACAAGACCUCAUAAGGAAGACAGUUCCUGUCUAAUGCUUAAAGUUUAGGAUUUAGGAUUUAAGAGUAACUCAUCAAAAGAUAAAAAAAGAAAGUCUAAAUUUAAAAUCGAAAAUGCUUCUUCAAGUUCUAAAAUUAAGGAUUAGUUUGAUGAUAUUGAGGACUCUUAAAGACAUGCAUUAAAGGGUCAAGUGGUAACUUAUAGAUCUGUGAAAUCUUAUAAAAAGAGAAAAGUUGAACCUUUUGAAAUUUGA